AAAAGCGCAUUUUUGUUCGUUCCUCUCCAUUUUUCCCUGUACCUCAAAUACGAGGUCCUCAAUCAAUCUGCUGUAUUUUCAUGGCAGUAUCAAUAUCACCCUCGUAUUCAAAUUCACCCCCAAUUCUACCAACCCCAUCAAUUACCAAAUCCUUUUUUCCCAUUUACCCCCUUCACAGUCUCAAAUUUCCAUUUUCACCCCUCAAAUCUCAGCCCUCAAAAACUUACCCUAGAAGAAAAACCAUUCUUGUUUGUGCAGCAGAAAAUGAAAAUAGCAAUACUGCUAGCUCAGAUAAAGAGGUAAAGGAAAAAAGUGAUAACGGUGGAAGUAAUAAUAGUAGUGGUGGAAGGCCCAGAUUGAAUUUGAGAUGGGUGGAUCUGAUAUUGGACCCGGACCCGGAUAAUAUUGUGGCAGUUGGAUUAACGGGUCUGUUGACAUGGGCUAGUUUGUUGUGUUGGUUAAAUUGUGUUUAAUGUAUGGCUGGUUCUAUUAUGUUGAUGGAAUAUCAAGGAAGGAAGAAAGAGAUACUGGGUCAGAAUAACGAAGCUUUUGCUUAUGUUACCAGGCGAAAAGAAAAUUACUGUCAAGUUCAUAUGCUCAUUGUUUUGUUGCAGCCAAGAUGUGGUUUUGAUUAUCUUAAAAGGAUGGAUUAUUAAAAGAUGGGUCGGAUCUUUUAGGUUGGGUUAGAAAAAAUCUAUGUGGACCCCUAAAUAAAUGCCACAAGUUCAAUUAAAAUGCCCAUCAAUUCCAUGUCAUCUUUCCGUUAAGAUAGGGAUAUUUUUGAGCCUAAAAGUAACAUUAAGGGCAAAUUUGAACCAAUAGGUGGAAGAGGGCAAUUUUGAGCCAUUUCUAAUAUGUUAAGGUCAUUUUUGGCCCUUUUCCGUUUAAUAAAUGAGAAACCUCUAGUGGCGCACGCUUCGAAAGUCGGUAGGUAAUGAGCUCGUCCCUUUACACUUCUCUACCUAAUUUCCAGGUUGUGAUAGUUUUCGAACCCAUGACAUGCGCCUAAUCCAAAUAUCACAACAAACGGACACUUACCACUAGACCUAAGCCCCGGGUUAAAGUUCUUUUUUCAGCCUCUUAUUUCUGUCUUUGGUAGUAAUAUCAUUCUCAGUUCUGUA